AUGGCUUUGUUUCUACCAAAUUUAUCCGAAGUGGAAGAAAAGCACGGAAUCACAGCUAUUGCUAUUGAUGAAGACAAGAACAGCCAGCUUGCAGUGAAAUGGGCUGUAGAAAACUUUUUUAACCACAAAAGCCGUCAUUUCAUCCUUGUUCAUGUUCGAAUCAAAACCUUUAAUCCUCAGGGUUUUGAUGCUGUACCAAAAGAGGGUCGUCCACCAACUCAGCAGGAGGUGCAGCUAUUCCUUCCAUACCGUGGAUUUUGUGCUCGAAAAGGAGUUGAAUUGAAGGAAGUAGUCAUCCAUGAUAUCGAUAUUGCAAGAGCACUAGUUAAUUAUAUUGGUAACAACUGCAUUGACAAUAUUAUUCUCGGUGCUUCCACCAGGAAUCCUCUAACAAGGAAAUUUAGGAAUCUAGAUAUUCCAUCCAGCUUACUAAAACUUGCUCCAGAAUCUUGUGGAGUAUAUGUUAUCUCAAGAGGAAAAAUUCAGUCCCAAAGUCGACCUCAGACACCCACUAGUCCAAGGCAACCUCAAACACCGACUAGUACUGCUAUUGGUCCAAGGAAACCUGAAACACCUACUAGUGAUGCUUCUCACCGAAGGCAAGUUCGAACACCAAGAGGUGCCGCUACUCCUCCAGGACAGCCUCAAGCACCUAAAACACCACCUGCCACUCCCAGGCACCUUCAAAUGCUUACUCAUAUUGCAACUACAAGGCAACAAAAUCACCAGGGUUUUUUACCUUAUCUUCUAUCCGAUAGCCCAAAACAUGAAGAUAUUCCUAGCAAUCCUCUGUCGAAGGCACCACGUGAGGAGCGUACAUUCAGCUACCAGACUCUUACAACAUCAAUGGAUGGUCGAGCGCCGAAUGCGUUGAAAGGAGAUUUUGUAUCAUGUCUCGGUGAACUUUCAGGGCCACCAAGUUUAGUAUCAACUGAAAUUUCCUCUGAAGAUUUUGAAUUCUCAAUAACAUCAGAAAGUCCUAGGGACUUCUCACCAACCCCACAUUGUGAAAAUGUAAUCAUGUCGACAAAGACUUCAGCUAGACUUUUUAGAGAUCAUUUGUAUUUUGAGAUUCCUGAUAUUCGGGAUCAAGCUGCAUAUUGUUCCUUGUCGCAGAAUGUGGUGGAAGCAGAAAUAAGGAGACUAAAACUCGAAUUGAAGCAAUCUAUGGAAAUGUAUAGUUCAGUUUGCAAAGAAGUUGUUUUGGCCAGACAUAUGGCAAGUCACCUUCAGCAUUUGCAUACAUUGAAAACACGUAAAUUAGAUGAAGCAAAGCUUGCUGAGGAGGCUGCACUGUCAUUGGCAGAGAUGGAGAGGCAAAAGGCCAAGUCAGCUAUAGAAGCAGCAAAAAUGGCACAGAUGCUAGCACAAAUGGAAGCUCAGAAGAGACAGACUGCAGAAAAGAGAGCCAUACAAGAGGCAGAAGAGAGGAAAAAAGCAAUAAAAUGUUUGGCACAAAAUAGUGUGCUAUAUCGCAAAUAUACUAUUGAAGAGAUAGAAGUUGCGACAAAUUACUUUGAGAGCUCCAACAAGAUCGGUGAAGGAGGAUACGGACCUGUUUUCAAAGCCACACUCGAUCAUACUCCGGUUGCCAUCAAAGUUUUGAGACCAGACUUGUCGCAGGGCCAGAGACAAUUUCAUAAAGAGGUUCAGGUUUUGAGCAACGUGAGACAUCCACAUAUGGUUAUCCUGCUUGGUGCCUGCCCAGAGUAUGGAUGCCUCGUGUAUGAGUAUAUGGAAAAGGGCAGCUUGGAAGACUGCCUCUUCAGGAAAGGCAACACUCCUCCAAUUCCAUGGAGAAAACGUUUUAGCAUAGCUUCUGAAAUCUCCACAGGCCUACUUUUCCUUCAUGAAACAAAACCAGAACCCUUGGUGCAUCGCGAUCUUAAGCCUGGAAACAUUCUCUUAGACAGGAAUUAUGUGAGCAAGAUUUCGGAUGUGGGUUUGGCCAGGCUUGUUCCGCUAGCUAUAGCUGACACUAUUUCUCAAUAUUGCCAGACAGAAGCAGCUGGCACAUUUUGCUAUAUUGAUCCGGAAUAUCAGCAGACAGGACUGCUAGGCGUCAAGUCAGAUAUAUAUUCAUUGGGUAUAGUACUGUUACAGCUUAUUACAGCAAAGAAUCCUAUGGGUCUAUCUCACCAGGUUGCGCAGGCCAUUGAGGAAGGAACCUUUUCAGAUAUUCUUGACCAAACACAGACAGAUUGGCCUGUAGAAGAAGCGUUAUCGCUUGCAAAACUGGCGUUGAAGUGCAGCGAGUUGAGGAAAAAGGAUAGGCCAGACCUUGCAUCAGUGGUUUUGCCGGAGCUGAACAGGCUAAGAGAUCUUGCAUUGGCUAAUGAAGCUGGUGAAAAUCAGACGGUCUUACCACUACCCCACCCUUACGUGUCAGUCUCAGAAGGGAAAUGUCAUGCUAGUCAGGUGUUGAUUGAGGGGUUUUGUCGUUAUCUUUGGAUUUGGGAGAUAUCAAGUCCUAUUUUGGAGAAAUUCGCUGGUUAG